ACUAAAUUUUUUUAAUUUGAAAUAUUUAUAGCGAAUUACAUUAAUUUGAAUGGAAAUUCUUUUAAUAAAUUUGAAGAAUGGAACACGUUCGUCAAUUUAAAGAUUCUAAUAAAAAUUUUAAUACUGAUGAUGACUCAGAUUUUUCUUUGAUGAAAAGGAUAAAAAUGGAACCAGAUGGUAUUUUAUCACACGAUGAAGAUAUUAUGGCACAAUUGCAACAAGAAAGCUCAGACUUAGAAGUUGAACCAAGUUUUACAUUAGAAAGUGCAAUAAACGGAGAUGAUUAUAAUGAAGGUAUACUCAUGCAGCAUAUGGAUAUUAGAGAACCUUUAUCAACACUUAGAAAUCUUUUAGAACAGCGAUUAGGUGUUGAAUUAUCAGAUUAUUCUUUUUGGUUACAAGAUAUGCAAAUGUUGGAAAGUCACAAAAAUUUAGUUGAUCAAUGUGUACAAGGAGAAGGAUUAGUACAAGUUAAUAUACAAAUAAAGCAACAACAGCAACGUAUAAACAUUAUAGAUGUUCUUAAACCUGCAGAAGAUUAUGUUGAUAUAGAAGAAAAUUGUAAGUCACCGACACGUUCUGAAGAAAAUAAAAAUAUUAUUAGAUGGAUGGUUGAUGCUCAAUACAAAAAAGAUCAGGAACGUUUGAAAAUCCCUACAGAUCCAAAAGAUUGGACACAAACACACGUAAAGCAUUGGCUUCAGUGGGCAGUUAGACAAUUUAAUCUUGUUUCACUUAAAUUAGUUGAUUGGAAUAUAACAGGAAACCAACUUUGUAAUUUAACACUUGAAGAGUUUCAAACAAAAGUACCUCUUGAUCCUGGAGAUAUAUUUUGGACACAUUUAGAAUUAUUAAGAAAAUGUAAAUUUGUUGCUGUAGUGCAAAAAGAUUUUAUACCUCAAACGAAUGAUUGUAUUUCAAAAAAAACUGUAAAAUCAAAAAACCAAAAAUCUCUUAAAGUUCGACCAAUUGUUAAUCAACAGACACGUAUAAUUAAUGUGCCCUUAACUAAUCUUGAUUCUACACCUUUGUCGCUAGCUACUUCCAGUAGAACAGUUAAUAAUGGACAAAUACAAUUAUGGCAGUUUUUAUUAGAACUUUUAACUGAUCGAGAACAUAAAGGUGCAAUUCAGUGGAUAGGAACCGAAGGUGAGUUUAAGCUCAAUCAACCAGAAACUGUAGCCCAAUUAUGGGGUGCACGUAAAAAUAAGCCUUCAAUGAAUUAUGAAAAACUUAGUAGAGCUUUGCGGUACUACUAUGAUGGUGACAUGAUUUCUAAAGUUCAAGGUAAACGAUUUGUGUAUAAAUUUGUUUGUGAUUUAAAACAAUUACUUGGCUAUUCUGCUGAGGAAUUAAGUAAGUUAGUAGAUGAAGAUAAACAAUAUUUUUAAAUUUAUUAUUUAAAAUAUUGUAAUUUUUUAAAAAUUUU